CUAUAAAUUAUCUUGAUCUAUUUUUCAUGAACACAAGUUGCAUUGUAAAGUUCUAGCAUAUGCAUCAUAUAUUGUCUUUCCAUGGCAUAUUUGACCUAGUUGCAUAGUUCAUCAUAUAGUAUUUUUCAUAUAUAGUUAAUCAGACGCAUCUAGCUAAAUUUUUUAUUUUAACUUAUAAUAUUUGGAUAUUUGUACCCAUUGUUCAAAUAGGAUGCCAUUAUCUUGUUCAUUGUCACCCUUUGGAAAAUAAGUAUUUAUUGUGUAGCCAUGCUUUAGACUUGCUUAUUUUAUUUUUUGACAUUGUUGGAGUGUUUACUCCUUAAUAGUUGUCACCUGUACUAUCAUGUUAAUGAUGUUGAGAAAGUCCAAAACAUGCUAUAGAUUAAAUUGGUCUAUAGAUAUGAACCGUUUCCCAUGCCUUUUCUCCUCACAAGUUCAAAAUUUUAGGGCCCCCAACCAAUGAAAGGGUAUUGUGAGGAAACUAUCUUUGAAAUGAAAUUUUAUCGCUCAAGUACAGAUAUAUAAUUUCAUGAAAUUGUGAACCAUGAUCUAUUAGCGAGCCUAGUUACACGCUAAAUACACGUGAUGGGUGAUUUGGAGUGAAUCAGAUUAAUUUUGGUAUAAAUGCUCUUUUCUAUGAUUUGGAUUGACUUACUAGUAUUUGCAUGCGGACCAGAAUUCGAAAUUUUGGACCAGUGAUCCUUUGCGAUCUGAAAGUUAUAUUUCCUUGUAUAUGGCGCUUUACUAAAUUUGAUCGUGGUGGCCCAUCCGUUAAAUGGUUUAAUCACACACCAAAUAUUCAAUUAUUAUAGUAAUAAUAAGAAAUGAACCCGCUGUAUUAGAUCUGGACUAGACUUAAAAAUAUUCAGUUUGGAUAACCAUCCAGUAGUUAACAGAGGCGUAGCCGCUAAGGAUUUUGCAGAAAAUUGAAUUUGAUUUGGAUUAUCAAUUAUAUUUGGAUGCCAGCUGUAGGUUUUGUAUUUAACAGCUAUUAUCACAAAUGUAUGGGCAUUUAAUGCUACUAAAUAUAUGACAUUUACAUACUCCGAUCCAUAAUAAGUGUCUGAGAUUUAGUAGUUAUUAUGGAUCGGAGGGAGUAUAUAUAUAUAUUUUUUGAGGUAAAAUUUACUAUAUAUGGCUUUGGUGACCAAGCGUUUUACCCAAGCUGCAACCAAGAAGAAGAAUGGCUCGUCUUGCAUGCUCUCUCUCCAUUUCUUUCUUGAUCUUAUUAGUAUUCGUGCCUGAGGUCUCCGGGAGCACGAAUGUAGUAUCAUACCGACCCGCUGGCACAGAAGGUUCUGUCCCUCUACAAGAAUGCCCAUCGAAAUGCGAGUUCCGGUGCUCGACAACAUCACACAAGAAGCCGUGCCUCUUCUUCUGCAACUACUGCUGCCAGAAGUGCCUGUGUGUUCCAUCCGGCACCGUCGGCAACAAGGAAGAAUGCCCGUGCUACAACAACAUGAAAACCCAGGAAGGCAAACCCAAGUGCCCUUGAGUCAAAUGUGUUUUGGAUAACCAUGAUUGUAGCAUAUGAUCCGUUGUGCAAUGAGCAAUCACCCCCUGUUUGUUAAAUUCAAUUUAACUGUAUGGAAUAAAUUUUAUGAUUCGAUACAUCAAAACUAGAAAAGGGGUAUAUCGGUUGAACUCAUAUUCAAUUUGAAAAGAUUUAAUCGCCAUUUGCAACGCAACUGACCAGUUUUUACCUACUAUGAAUGCAUGAUAGGACAACGACCAGAAUGGUGUACACACCACAGAUGAAUGAAUGAAUUAAUUCAAAAGUAAAGAUUACAGGAGAGUGAAAAUGGACCAAAUAGGAGCCGUUCUCAAGAAGAUUGCUUAAACAAAUUGUACACCAACAGAACGCCAUAGUUCUUUUAAGUUCAAAAGAAGAAAAAUUCACGGGUGGAGUAC